GAAAACAAGCGAACAAUAAAAUAUCGAAGGACCCUAGGUCAUUUACUUUUACAUCAGAACUAAACCAAGCAUCCAGAUAUUCCCAUCUUUUUCGGCUAUAACUACUGCAACAACAGAACCCAUACGUGCAAUAAGCGUAAUACGGUACACUUCAUGUGCCGACUGCACAGGUUUACUCCCGUCGGCAGCACUACCCGGUACUAUGACACGGUUCCGGACACCCCGAACCUACAGACGGAAAUAUUGUCUAUACUAAACCGUUUCCGGGACCAAUUCGCGAGCGGCGAGUUGAGGACGAAUGAGAACAGGACCUUCGAGAGGGCCAAACGGAUGCGCUUGCUCAUUUGGGACAAGGAACUGGGGUACAUGGCUCGCGCCCAUGCUUCCACCAUAUCCUUUGCCCACUCCGAAUGUCGGUCCACCGAGCGAUUCCCAUACGUGGGUGAGGUCCUGGCGAUGAUGGUCCCCAAGGCCAAGCCUAAGCCCAGCCUUCGGACCGUAAUGGAAAAGAUGUUCAAUAAGGUGUUCGAAGAGCACCUGCUGGUUCCGGAUCCGGAGGGACUACUCCAGGGCUUUGACCCCAUCAGGGACUUCCACUGCGCGCACUUCACUAAUAUCAUCAGCGAUCGAGUCUCUCGCGUGGGCUGUGGUCUGGCCGUGGCCUCCAACUGCCGCCACGGGGCAUCUCACAACUAUUGCCACUUUCUGACUUGCCACCUGGACUUCAGCAACUUAAACGGAUCGUAUGUGUAUAAGGCUGGGGAACCUGGCUCUUGUGGUGACUGGCACACAACAAGCAGUAAAAAGUAUACCAACCUGUGCAAGAACAAUGGAGACCUUUUCCCCCACGACCAAGGCGACUAGGCCUUAUGAGGUCUUUAGUAUAUUCGUACAUUUAUAUGUUUUCUGCCCAAAAAUGACUUUUAAAUUCGAUAUCAA